AUGGGUAAAUCCGAUAAUUUAGACAAAUUUGAAAUGAUGGCAAAAUUAUUUCUCGAAUUUGAGAAAGAUUACCACGAAAUGCCACAGGAAAGUAGGAACUCAUUUACUGUAGACAUUCAGAAAGAAGAAUUUAAAUCUUUAUGGGAGAAGGUAAAAGAUGCCUAUGAGUUUUUUAUUACAAGUAAGCCCAUGUUAGAUUCUGAUGAGCAUUGUGAUCAAGCAACACGGCUUUUUAAAGAAUGUAGAUUGGCCUACAUUACUGUGGCUGCUCUAAUGGGUGAGCUGUCGCAAUCUUUUGUUAAUAAAUCGAUUCUUACCUCUACGCAAUAUGGUCAAGGACCUAGCGAAUCUUCAGCCACUGUGGUGAAUAAUAGAUCCAGCCAUCAUAUGAAAUUGCCACCAUGCACGAUGGAGGUUUUUACAGGCGAUUAUAAAUCAUGGCCAUCUUUUCGGGAUAUGUUCACCGCAGUUUACAUUAAUUGUGAUGAUCUAACUGGCGUUGAAAAACUUUUUUAUUUGAGACAGUUUACUUCUGGUGAAUCACUAGAAAUUGUAAAAAAUUCCCCAUUGACAAAUGAAGGUUUUGCAAACGCAUGGAAAAAUUUAACUGAGGCUUAUGAGAACAAGAGAAUUUUAGUGAAUAGUCAACUAAAGAUUCUAUUUAAUCUUGUACCCGUUAAGACUGAAUCUGCAAAAGAGAUAAAAAGGCUACAAAGGGACAUCAAUAAUUGCAUGUCUGUCCUAAAUUUACACGGCAUAGAUAUUUCGACUUGGGAUCCAAUCUUUGUAUAUCUUUGUUCCAUAAAUUUGCCUGUCCUUACCUUGUCAUUAUGGGAACAAAAUGUUAAAAAUAAAAAGGAGAUUCCUAAAUGGUCUCAAAUGGACACAUUUUUAACCGAUCGUUUUCAGUCUUUGGAAACUGUCUUUGACAUAAGGAAUGGUGGUCAAAUAAAGACAGAUUUCGAGAAUUCUGGGCAUUCUUCUAGAAAUAAAUCGACAAGAGACAAUAGGGUUAAUAACAAUAAUAAUUGCAAAUUUUCUGCUGAAAGAGUUAGAACCUUUCAGGCAAAGGUCUCGAAACAAUCCUGUGCUUUGUGUUCGGAGAAUCAUUUAUUAAGAUUGUGUUCAAAGUUUAUUGAAAUGAAUCCAGGGGAAAGGUUUUUGGUGGUGAAGAAAAAUAAUCUUUGUAUCAAUUGUUUAGGUAAUGGCCAUAAAUUGGAUAGUUGUGGUAGUAAAUAUGGUUGCUUAAUAUGCAAAUUGAAACAUAAUACUAUGUUACACAGGGAAGUUACGAGCUCGUCGAAUAGUGAUAGUAGCCAAGAAAGACCAAGUACCAGUCAAGCAGCGACACAGAGUCGAACAAUCCAAAAUUGUUUUGCAACUGCCAAACAACAAGUAUUAUUGGGAACGGCCAUGGUAACUAUUUUAUCCCGUGGUGAAGUUUUUUCUGCAAGAGCUUUGAUUGAUUCUGGUUCUCAGGCUACUUUCAUUUCGGAAAGACUGCAGAAAAAGCUUAAUUUGCCUAUUAGUAACAUCAGCGCUAAAGUAUCUGGAUUGAAUGGUGCAUUAGCAGGUUCUGUUCAGAAGCAAUGUUCGUUUGUUCUGGGCUCUGAUAAAGAUCCAUGUUUUAGAUUGGAGAUAAAUGGUCUCGUUUUGCCAAAAUUAACUGGGAAACUACCCGUGGAUUCAGUGGACGUGUCCAAGUUCUCCCUAUCGGAUUUAGAACUAGCAGAUCCAAAUUUUGCAAAAAGUUGUCAAAUUGAUAUUUUGAUUGGUGGUGAUAACUAUCCUAGAAUCAUGCUCGAUGGUGUUAGGAAAAAUGUAAUAGGGAAUUUGAUGGCUCAAGAAACCCAUUUUGGUUGGAUUUUGACGGGUCCCCUUUCUAGUACUGGACAAGAAGUUUACACCACAACCGUUUCAUAUUUCACGGAUGUCAGUUUGGACAAACAGCUUGAGAAAUUUUGGAUUUUGGAAGAGCCACCACAAUUUUCUUCAAUUACUCCUGAAGAUAAAUAUUGUGAAGAUCAUUUCAAAAGAAAUGUGAGAAGAACUCCUCAGGGACGAUAUAUGGUUUCGUUACCGUUCAAAACACAAUAUGUAGAAAAUAGAUGUUUAGGGCAUUCGCGGGAAAAGGCAAGAAAACAAUUUUUGCGGAACGAAGUUUCGUUAAGUAAAAAUUUAGACUUAAAGAAGGAAUAUGAUAAUGUUUUAGGUGAAUAUGAAGUAUUGAAUCAUAUGGUCGAAACUAAAUUUGUUGAAUCAGAAUCUUCUAGAAGCUUUUAUUUGCCACACCAUGCGGUUUUUAAACCUGAAAGUUCUUCAACAAAAGUAAGAGUGGUUUUUAAUGCUUCUGCCCGCAGUUCUUCUGGCUUAAGCCUUAAUGACAUUUUGUACCCUGGACCAAUUUUACAAAAUGAUUUGAUGUUGUUGAUAACAAGAUGGCGCUUUUAUCGGUAUGUUUUUAAUGGUGAUAUUGAGAAAAUGUAUCGCCAAAUUUUAGUUGAUCCUAAGGAAACAAAAUUGCAAAGAAUUGUGUUCCGCAGAAAAUCCAAUGAAGAUUUAAAAGAGUAUGAGUUGAAAACCGUUACUUUCGGUGUUAAUUGUGCACCUUUUUUGGCAAUUAGGACUUUGCUUCAAUUAGCUGAAGACGUAGAAGAUAAAUGGCCCUUAGCAUCCAAAAUUUUACGACACAUGAUGUAUGUGGACGAUGCUUUAGCAGGAGCGCACGAAAUUUCUUUAGCUGUAAAAGCUCGCGAUCAACUUAUCUUAGCUCUGUCAUCUGCUGGGUUUUCUAUGAGGAAAUGGACAUCAAAUAAUGAGCGAAUUCUUCAAGGUAUUUCGAAAGAAGAUCUUUUGAAUGAAAAUUUUUUGGAAAUUAAUGACGAAAGCGUAGCUAAAACAUUGGGUAUACGGUGGAAUGCGAGAACUGACAGAUUUUAUUUUUCCACUUCCGCAUUCUCUUCAAAAGAAAGGUUUACAAAAAGGGAGGUCUUAUCCACUAUUGCUAAGCUUUUUGAUCCAGCUGGAUGGUUAGGACCAAUAGUAGUAAUAGCAAAAAUACUGAUGCAGCAAAUAUGGAGCGAAAAAACUAAAUGGGAUGAUGAUAUUUCAGAGGCUGCCUUAAUAAAAUGGAAACAAUUUCUUUGUGAUUACCCAGCAAUAAAUGAUAUUCAGAUUUAUCGCUGGAUUGGUUUUAAGCCUUCGACAACUCUUGAGGUACAUGGAUUUUGUGAUGCUUCGGAGAAAGCAUAUGGGGCUUGUAUUUAUAUUCGGGUUUAUGAUGAUGAAAGUAUAAUAAAUUCAAAUUUACUAAUAGCUAAAUCUAGGGUUGCCCCACUUAAAACUAUUUCGUUACCCCGUCUUGAGCUUUGUGGAGCUCUUUUGUUAUCAGACCUGUUGCAAACUGUUCGAAAAGAAUUUAAGUUAGAAAAGAAUCAAACAAAGUUUUACACUUGGAGUGACUCGAUGAUUGUUUUAGCAUGGCUGCAAAAACCUCCUAAUUCGUGGACAACAUUUGUGGCUAAUAGAGUUUCUAAAAUUAUUACCAGAACUGGAAAUGAAUGUUGGAGACAUAUAAACUCUAAAGAUAAUCCUGCUGAUCUAAUAAGUCGUGGUAUUCGUCCACAAGACUUAGUUAACAACUCCCUUUGGUGGAAUGGUCCAUCAUGGCUUUGUUCUCCCCAGAAUUUUUGGCUAUCUCCAUCAUCGAGAGAUUUUGGUACAAGUGAGGAGCAAAGAGUACAUAAAGUUUUUUUCUCAUAUUUUGAAUCGUAUACGGAUCUUUUAGAACAUUUUUCGUCAUACGCAAGAGCUCUUAGAGUAAUGGCUUACGUAUAUAGAGCUAUUGAUAGAAUUUUAAAAGUUAAUAAAGAUUGGAUUACUACUUUAGAGGUAUCAUCUGAGGAACUGAAUUUAGUAAAAGAGAAACUAAUUAUAAUCGCACAAAAAGUUGAGUUUGCCCAUGAAUAUUAUGAACUUUCAUGUAGAAAAUCUUUAACUAAAAGUAAAGUACUAAAUCUAAAUCCUUUUUUGGACGAAAGGGGUUUAAUGAGGGUAGGAGGUCGUUUGGCAAAUGCUCCAAAUUUGCAAUACAAUGAAAAAUUUCCCAUUUUAUUACCAAGCAGCUGUCAUUUUGCUAAAAUUCUUGUGAAAUUUAUUCACGAAAUUACUUUACAUGGUGGUAAUCAGCUAAUGUUAAGAGUAUUAAGGACACAAUUUUUCAUACCUCGGGCUAAAAAUUUGAUAAAGACUGUGAUUGGUCGGUGUAAGACAUGUACAAUUAGGAAAAAGCAGACACAGAGUCAGAUUAUGGCAGCACUUCCUACAGCUCGUACCGUUAUCUCUCGUCCUUUUACCACGACUGGCGUGGACUUUACUGGACCUUUCGAAAUUAAGAAUUAUACUGGCCGAGCCUGUUUAAUAACAAAAGGAUAUGUUUGUGUUUUUAUUUGCUUCGCUACAAAAGCAAUCCAUUUAGAAGCCGUUAGCAGCUUAUCAACUCCAGCGUUCUUGGGAGCAUUUUCUAGAUUUAUUUCCCGUCGUGGUUGUCCUAGGAAUAUGUAUUCAGAUAAUGGGACUAAUUUUGUUGGAGCAUCUAGAGUACUACAAACUGAAUUUCGUUGUUUUCUUCGUGAUGUAGGUGCCGAAGUAAAUGCGAGUUAUGCACACCAAGGUAUUAAAUGGCAUUUCAACCCUGCUAGCGCUCCCCAUAUGGGUGGAUUAUGGGAAUCAGGUGUUAAAAGUUUUAAACACCAUUUUCGAAGGAUUGCAGGAGGUUUAAAAUAUACCUUUGAGGAAUUCUCUACAUUACUAGCUCGAAUUGAAUCUUGUCUUAAUUCGAGACCCUUGUGUCCAUUAUCCGACAGUUUUGAAUGUUUAGAUUGUUUGACCCCAGGCCAUUUUCUUACUGGCGGACCACUACUUGCUCCCCCAGAAGUUGAAGUUUUGGAACGUCCAAUUUCGGUUAUAAAUCGUUGGCAGAGAGUUAAAGCGUUAAAUCAACGAUUAUGUUCUAGAUGGAAGGAUGAGUAUCUGAAAGAUCUCCAAAAACGAAAUAAGUGGAAAUUCGCACUGAAAGAUCUGGAAGUCGGCGAUAUGGUAGUUAUUAAGGAAGAUAACAUGCCGACUAAUGAAUGGCGUUUAGGUCGGGUAGAAAAAUUACAUAGGGGUAAGGAUGGCCACGUUAGAGUUGUAGGGGUAAAAACAGCACGAGGCUCAAUAAUAAGACCAGUUGUGAAGCUCGUAGUUCUUCCAACUUAUUAG